AUGAAGAGGGGUGUGGUGAGCAGAGGAAGUGACACGCAUGGCCUACUGUAUGGAGUGGUAGCAGAGAGAGAGGGCAGGGGGAGUGCAUAAUAUCACUCUGCUGUCCAAGAAAGAGAGAAUAAUUAACUUUUGUUUGUCAGCUUGAAACUUCUAUAUUUGAAUAUUCAGCCAACCAGUCACCGGAGAAAUGAUAAGGUCUGUAUCAUAAUAAUAUAUGCCGUUUAGCAGACACUUUUAUUCAAAGCGACUUACAGUUAUGCAAGCAUAUACUGUAUUUUCGUAUGUGUGGCCCCAGCGGGAAUCAAACCCACAAACCUUGGCUUUGCAAGCACCAUGCUCUACCAACUGAGCCUCACAGGACCAUUUAUUAGCUCUUCCAUAAAGAAAGUAGAGGCAUAUAAGAAUAAGGUGCACUUUGAUGCUACUUAGCUGAGUUUUAACAGGGCCGGAUACUGCCCUAGCUGUCAGCCUGACGUUACUGGUCUCUUAAUCAUGUUCCUAUGUACAAUCAAGUAGCUGUUUGGCAACUCGAACCUUCAGCUCCCUCCAUAGAUUUUCUAUGGGAUUACAGGUCUGGAGACUGGCUAGGCCACUCCAGGACCUUAAUGUGCUUCUUCUUGAGCCACUCCUUUGUUGCCUUGGCCGUGUGUUUUGGGUCAUUGUCAUGCUGGAAUACCCAUCCACGACCCAUUUUCAAUGCCCUGGGUGAGGGAAGGAGGUUCUCACCCAAGAUUUGACGGUACAUGGCCCCGUCCAUCGUCCCUUUGAUGCGGUGAAGUAGUCCUGUCCCCUUAGCAGAAAAACACCCCCAAAGCAUAAUGUUUCCACCUCCAUGUUUGACGGUGGGGAUGGUGUUCUUGGGGUCAUAGGCAGCAUUGCUCCUCCUCCAAACACGGCGAGUUGAGUUGAUGCCAAAGAGCUCCAUUUUGGUCUCAUCUGACCACAACACUUUCACCCAGUUCUCCUCUGAAUCAUUCAGAUGUUCAUUGGCAAACUUCAGACGGGCAUGUAUAUAUGCUUUUUUGAGCAGGGGGACCUUGCGGGCGCUGCAGGAUUUCAGUCCUUCACGGCGUAGUGUGUUACCAAUUGUUUUCUUGGUGACUAUGGUCCCAGCUGCCUUGAGAUCAUUGACAAGAUCCUCCCGUGUAGUUCUGGGCUGAUUCCUCACCAUUCUCAUGAUCAUUGCAACUCCACGAGGUGAGAUCUUGCAUGGAGCCCCAGGCCAAGGGAGAUUGACAUUUUUUUUGUGUUUCUUCCAUUUGCGAAUAAUCGCACCAACUGUUGUCACCUUCUCACCAAGCUGCUUGGCGAUGGUCUUGUAGCCCAUUCCAGCCUUGUGUAGGUCUACAAUCUUGUCCUUGACAUCCUUGGAGAGCUCUUUGGUCUUGGCCAUGGUGGAUAGUUUGGAAUCUGAUUGAUUGAUUGCUUCUGUGGACAGGUGUCUUUUAUACAGGUAACAAACUGAGAUUAGGAGCACUCCCUUUAAGAGUGUGCUCCUAAUCUCAGCUUGUUACCUGUAUAAAAGACACCUGGGAGCCAGAAAUCUUUCUGAUUGAGAGGGGGUCAAAUACUUAUUUCUCUCAUUAAAAUGCAAAUACAUUUAUAACAUUUUUGACAUGCGUUUUUCUGGAUUUUGUUGUUGUUAUUCUGUCUCUCACUGUUCAAAUAAACCUACCAUUAAAAUUCUCCUUGCAGCCUGACUGUCAAGACAGAAGCUUUGAAACUAUGGUAUCUGGGUUAUCCUUCUCAGUUUGACUAACCUCACAAAUAUGACUGUCCAAUGCAAAUAUGAGCUCACUGGUUUCUAAAUAGGUCAUUGCACCAUCUUCGUGUUGUUGACUGAUGAGAGUGGACUGAUUUGGUGUACUGCUGUGAGAGUUGCCACAGUUUGCCUUGACAGUCUCCCAUAAGCCCUUAAAGUGCUCAGAAGCCCUGCAUUUCUGCCUAAUCAGCCUGUGGCACAGGCUACAAAUGGGCCAUGGCUCCCACCCCCCACAUCCACCACCAUGAGUCAGUCCCUUUGGCUGGAGUGGCUAGCGGCUAACGCUAAUAGCAAUAUGGCUAAUGUCACUCCUCAGCUGGACCUUCUGUUGUGUCCUGCCCUGCCGGAGGGGGACUGUUGAAUCACACUAAAGCUUCCUUCCUGCUGACUUUCUCUCUCUCUUUCUCUCUCUCUCUCUCUUUCCUCUCUCACUGCACUCAGUGCACUCUGUACAGUUUUGGCCCCCCAAUCUCUCUCUCAUAGCCCCUUUCUUUGUCAUUCUCACCCCCCCCCCCCCUUCCCCCCUUUGUGCUUCCUGCCAGCCUGGGCCUGUGAGGGGGUAUGGGUUGCCCCUAGAGAUGGGCAGAUGGAGUCAUUCGAGGUAACGCGAGGCAGGAUUGGAGGGUGGGCGUGGUGGUGGGGUGGUUGGGUGGAACAAGGCCGGGUAAUGGAGGGUGGCAGACUGGCAGCAGUGGUGGUGGGUGUCAUUUCCAUGAAAGGAGGGGGAGUCAAUCAGAUUGGGGAACAAGAUGAAAAGAAUGACUAGGACAGCUGGUGUUUGAUAAGCUACAGAAGAGAGAGGCUGUGUGGGCCAGGUGUGUGUGUGUUCGUGUUCACAGUAUUCUAUUUGACCAUAGAGAAUGAUGUAUCAUACCAUUACUUCAACCACAGAGGUACUUCCACACGCACACACUUCCCCCUUCCCACCACCAUCAUCCCCAUCAACAACACUGUAUACUGCAGUCCAUCAGCCUGAAAUUACCUUUCUGGUCAGACCAAGGUGAAGUCAUUGGUUAUUCCAGCCACUUGUGAUGCAUGUCUAAGCACAUCUGAGGUUGCCUGGGAUGCGUCCUCCUCUCUCUCUCCCCAGAGGGAUGCGUCCUCCUCCAUACUCUCCUUGGAGUAUGGAAAUGUAGUCGUGGCUAAGGGCCAUGCGCCCAACACAGCAGGGAAGAAAACUACUGUGUGUGUGUGUGUUUGAGUUUGGCGAUAUGAAUAAAAAUCCAUAUCAUGAUACAUUUACUGAAUUAUCAUGAUAAUGAUAAGUUGAACGAUAAGUUUAUGUGCACCAGUUACUUUUUUAUAUUACACUUAAAACGACUUCUACCACUUUGAAUGUUGUGGCUACCAUUGUCCCGUUUCAUUUCAAACUUCACAUUGCCCUCGAUAAAUGGUUGGUUCGGUCAGUAUCGAUUAUUUUGGGGUUUAUUGUCCCAGCUCUAGUGUGUGUGUGUGUGUGGAUAUUGGGGGGUGGUGAUGUUUGGGGUGAUGGGGGAAAGGAAUACAUAUCAAUGCUGUCUGCUUACAUACUUAAUUAACAGUCAUAGGCUUGAGGAAGAUUGAAUGGAGGGUAAUUGAGGAACUGGACAAAAAAUACUUGAUUUUCCUAGAAACCGGAGCUGAGACAAGUAGGAGAGGGAAGGCUGCCAGUGUGACGGUUAAUUUGUUUGUCCACGUUCUCUCCAUCUACUGUUAUGAAGACUGCCACGGAUAUACUCUAUCAGCUCCCCAAUUUCAUUUUUCAAUUUCGAGACAGUUUUGACCAUGUGCAAUUUACCCACCAUUACACAUUUCUAUCACUACUCCUCUACUGUAUUUGCAGAGAUCACACUCUAACAAUCACCAUGUUUACAAAUGGAUUUACAGUUUAUGUUAUGCAAUAGGUCACUGUACUUCAAACUAUGAAAAUAGAGUAUUACAUGGGAACUUUGGGUAGUUUAUCAUUAAGCGCAGUCGGAUUACUACAAAACCAACAUUAAUUUCUGCCUUUAUUUCCAGUUAAUUUAGUUCUUCUUGACCUAAUUCCAGUGCCUGAUGUGAUUUUCCACAAUAUCAGGAUUCUGUAUAAAAGUGAAGCAACAAUCCAGACAGGCAGUGUAGUGUAUAGGUUGAGAUUAUCUUCCUCUAACCACUGGUUGCUUGUAAAAUAGCUUGUAAAAAAGAUGAAAGGGUCUGGAUGUGACUUUUACAGUUACCGUGGGCUGUCAGUAGACAUUUCCUCCUGCUUCUCCAUUUAGCGGAAUCAUCACUUCUUCCUAAGACAAACUUUAGGACAUCAAGACAUUUGAAUUACAGGGAUAUAUCUGCAGAUAGAAUAGUCAUUAUAAAGAUAAUUAUACUCCCGAGUGGCGCAGUGGUCUAAGGCACUGCAUCGCAGUGCUAGCUAUGCCACUAGAGAUCCUGGUUCGAGUCCAGGCUCUGUCGCAGCCGGCCGCGACCGGGAGACCCAUGGGUGGUGCACAAUUGGUCCAGCGUCGUCCAAGGUAGGUGAGGGUUUGGCCGGCAGGGAUGUGGGUUCGUUUCCCACGGGGGGCCAGUAUAAAAAACAAAAACAAAACGUAUGCAUUCACUAACUGUAAGUCGCUCUGGAUAAGAGUGUCUGCUAAAUGACUAAAAUGUAAAUAAUUGGCCUGAUGAUAAAUGAAUGCCACCUACAAUACUAGAUAGUUUAGGUUGAAUAAAGAAUUUACAUUGAAGUUAGACUUGCAUUUGAAUAAAGGCAAUGUACUGUACACUGAGUAUAGAAAACAUUAAUAACACCUGCUCUGGCCAUGACAUAGACUGACCAGGUGAAUCCAGUUGAAAGCUAUGAUCCCUUAUUUUAUUUUAUUUUUUCACCUUUAUUUAACCAGGUAAGCCAGUUGAGAACAAGUUCUCAUUUACAACUGCGACCUGGCCAAGAUAAAGCAAAGCAGUGUGAUAAAAACAACAACAACACAGAGUUACAUAUGGAAUAAACAGAACGUACUAUUGAUGUCACUUGUUAAAUCCACUUCAAUCAGUGUAGAUGAAGGGGAGGAGACAAGUUAAAGAAGGAUUUUUAAGCCUUGAGAAAUACAUGGAUUGUGUAUGUGUGCUAUUCAGAGGGUGAAUGGGCAAGACCAAAUAUUUAAGUGCCUUUGAACGGGGUAUGGUAGUAGGUGUCAGGCGCGCCAGUUUGUGUCAAGAACGGCAGCGCUGCUGGGUUUUUCACGCUCAACAGUUUCCCGUAAGUAUCAAGAAUGGUCCACCACCCAAAGGACAUCCAGCCAACUUGACAAAACUGUGGGAAGCAUUGGAGUCAAAAUGGGCCAGCAUUCCUGUGGAACGCUUUCGACACCUUGUCGAGUCCAUGCCCCGACGAAUUGAGGCUGUUCUGAGUGCAAAAGGGUUCUGAUCAAUAAUAGGAAGGUGUUCUUAAUUUUGUGUCCGCUCAGUGUAGAUUCUCUGUGAGAAAGUGAUCACUAAAGCGCCCAGUGCACUGGGUUUGCAGCAUGACUGCAUAGUUCAUUCCCCAUUCACCAACACAUCCAGUGGGGGACUCUAUUCACUUAUACAUUUUUGCACCCUCUAAGAAACGCACUGCUUAUUUGAAUUCACUGGCCUGCUCAGAAUGGGUAAUGUUGCGGUCCUAUCGAGUCAGUCAGGAAAAUGUGUAGCUGUGUCUGUGUGUCUUUGGUGCAUGGGUAAUGUUGAUGGGGUGGGGGUGGUUUGGAUUUAACAUUUAGGUUGCUGAAAGGGAUGUAAUGAUGAUAAAGCAGUCGAGUUGGAGAAAAGGCUUUUUGCCAUGCUAUCCUGGGGGAAUUUGGGGGACAUCAGAAUUCUGCUCACACUCGAGAGCUCCCAAAGUCUGACUCAUGCCAGCUGGAUAACAGCAAGGCCACACAGACAGUCACUCUCUAACACACUUAAUUGACAGAUGCAAAAAGGCACAUACAGUACACUAUACACACACACACACACACACACACACACACACACACACACACACACACACACACACACACACACACACAAUCUGACUAAUGACACUCCCGGACUUAAAUACAUUUAUAUACACAUGUGAAAACACAAAACCCCACAAAGACAAACCCAUAGACUCAUCAAUUAACUUAUUGGAAGCUCAACAAAAUUCUGCAGAACUAAAGAACAAUCCCUCAAACUGUACAUACAAAUCAAUUUGUCAAAAUGAAGAUUGAAUAUCUGUUAAUUAGUGAUUUCAAAAGGUCUUCAGGUUGAUCAUGUGAUGGAUUAACACACCAUCCUAUCCAUUCUCAAGGUCUCUGCUAAAUGACAGUGCUGAUGUCUUAGCCAUGGCUUUUAUUUUACGGUCCUAGAGGCUGAGGUGGUUGGUGAAAGCUGACCACUUGCCACUGUCUAGUAAUCUACUCUGAGGUUGAUGAAUGGCUGUAAGCAUGAAUUAAUACUUGUAUAUUUUUGUCUCCAGGUGUCUGAAGAUGGCGCAGGGCCCUGAGAGAUAUUGAGGGAGUCAUCCCUACCUUUUUGCCUCUUCCUCACUUUCUCUACAUUAUUACUAUUAAGCUUUCACUAUGAUAAUGUCUUUCUCUCUUUGUGUCUCUCCCCCCCCCCCACCCCCCCCUUCUCUCUCUCCCUCUCUAUUGCAGAUUGGAGAUGCUCCCGUCUUUGCUGCUGUGUGCCAUCUGUCUGCUCAUCCUACCGUCCUCCUCUACCCCCAGCCAAGCCUCAGGUGCGUGACUACCCCCUGUCAGCCCCGGCUAUACUGACAUCCAUUCAACUAUCUAUGACCUUUGAUUUCUAAGGGUAGAGGGGCACUUUUUAAUCACUCCCCGAUCAUUCAUAGUUUUCGCUGACACACACUGAAAACUAUUUUAGGUGUGACUUUAACAGCAGAAAUCAAGGUUAACUGAUGUACCCAGGUGUACAGAGGAAGUGUCUCAUCCGGUAUUUGUGUCAACAACACCAUGACGGCAAGUGGCAACUGACAAGACUUUUAAAUGGGUUCCUGACUUUAACAAAUACCGUCAACUGCAACCUCAGACACGCCCCCCAAUACACCGCCAACCCCUCCCCAAUUGUUUUUAAGCUGUGAACUUUUUGACUGUAUAAUGUCAGAAAUUUAACCCCUUCAUUCUGCACUCUCCAGAUGACUCCAGACUCCUACAGGUGACCAUCCCUACGACCCCUCCCUUAUCUGCCGUCUUGGGGGGCUCUCUUACCCUACCUUGCCUGGUGUCUCUGUCCCACCCGCCCCCCAACACGAAUGGCCGCCACGCCGUCCUCUCCCUACCCAGGGUCAAGUGGAGCAUGCUGUCCCAGGGACACGAGACUGAGAUCCUGGUGGCCCGAGGGGACAGGGUGAAGGUCAGUGAGGCCUACAAGGACAGAGCCUCCCUGCUCCAUUACGCCUCCUCCCCAGCUGACCUCACCCUGAGGCUGGAGGGUCUGCAGUACAACGACUCUGGCUUCUACCGCUGUGAGGUGCAGCAGGGCCUGGAGGAUGCCGACGAUGUGGCUCAGGUCAAGGUCAAAGGUGAGGCCAGGGGUUGAUGUCAUAGAUGUAGGGGAUAAGUCAGAGUUCCUGACCUAUGGCAGUAACAACUCAGAAGUGCAUGUGUCAAGGCUUGUGUCUCAGCAGGCAGUGAGCCAGUCAGAAGUGUUAGUCACAGGAUGGCUCUAGGAGAAACCAAGAAUGUCCUACAAAACACAGCAUAGACACUAACUGUACAUUACCACUUACACUGAGUGUACAAAACAUUAAGAACACCUGCUCUUUCCAUUACAUAGACUGACCAGGUGAAUCCAGGUGAAAUCUAUGAUCCCUUAAUGAUGUCACUUGUUAAAUCCACUUCAAUCAGUGUAGAUGAAAGGGAGGAGACAGGUUAAAGAAGGAUUUUUAAGCCUUGAUACAAAUGAGACAUGGAUUGUGUACGUGUGCCAUUCAGAUGGUGAAUGGGCAAGACAAAAUAUUUAAGUGUCUUUGAACGGGGUAUGGUAGUAGGUACCAGAGGCACCGGUUUGUGUAAAGAACGGCAACACUGCUGAGUUUUUCAAGCUCAACAGUUUCCCAUGUGUACGUGGGCCAGAACCCCUGUGGAACGCUUUUGACACCUUGUAGAGUCCAUGGCCUGACGAACUGAGGCUGUUCUGAGGUCAAAAGGGGGUGCAACUCAAUAUUUGCAAGGUGAUCUUAAUGUUUUGUAUACUUAUUAUACACUUCUGUACCUUUAUAAUGUCAUAAAAAAUCUGCUGAGAUGAAUUGGUAGUCCCACCCUAUGCACCCAGCCAGUAAUAGAUUAUGGAUUACCUGACCAGAGCAGUUUGUAACCUAAUACAUCAGAUAUAGCCUACGCUUGUGAAUGUAGCUGUAGUUCACACAAAAUACUGAAUCUGAAAUAACGCCAAGACUGUGGACCUUCAACAGGGGUAGUGUUCCACUACCGGGAUGCUUCCAGUCGCUAUGCCUUUACUUUUGUGCAGGCCCGGGAUGCCUGUGAGGAGAUCGGGGCUCACAUCGCCACCCCAGAGCAGCUCUUGGCAGCCUACCACAGUGGCUAUGAGCAGUGUGAUGCAGGCUGGCUCUCAGACCACUCAGUGAGGUAAGGGCCAGGCAGAUAAAAGACCACUGUAAAUGUUCUCUCAUAUCAAGUGGACACAGAUAGAGAGAUGCUUUCAUCCACUUCUAUAAAUUUCCCCCCCUGUUAUAACAGUUGUAUAACACUAUGUAGUAUCAACACUCUUCUCCACAGAUAUCCCAUCCAGAUGCCACGAGAGGGAUGUUUUGGAGACAUGGACGGGCAUCCUGGAGUUAGGAACUAUGGGCUGCUGGAACCUGAUGAGCUGUAUGAUGUAUACUGUUAUGUGGAGAACAUAGAGGGUAAGAAAAUCUGGUCUUUAUGGGAGUAUUCCAUGAAUUUGAUCAAGUGCAGAUUAUCACAACCUGACUUCUUCCUCCAUAUCUACAGGGGAAGUGUUCCAUGGCUCUGCCCCCCGAAGUUUCACCCUAUGGGAAGCUAAGGCCUAUUGUCUGGCUCAGGGAGCGGAGCUGGCUACCACAGGUCAGCUGUAUGCAGCCUGGAAUGACGGACUGAACGCCUGCAGCCCGGGGUGGUUGGCUGAUGGGAGUGUACGCUACCCCAUUGUCACUCCCAGGGAGCGUUGUGGUGGAGGGGAGCCUGGGGUCAGGACUGUCUAUCGCCAUUUGAACCAGACAGGCUUUCCAGAGGCACACACUCGCCACGACACUUACUGCUUCCGAGGUAAGAGCUUUUGAAAGCAUAGAUAUUUAAGUUAUACACGGUUCCUACUGUAUUCUAAGUUGUCCUCUGGCCUAACUUUGAUUCAUUGCCCUUGCAUCUGACAGGCAACAGCAACACUCACACCGAAUCUCCUCAUGAUUACCUGGCAACAGAGCCAGAGGACAUCGGCCAGGACAUUGUGACGCUGUCUGAGCCUCUGGAGGAAUUCAGCCUGGGUCAGGUGACGGAGCAGGUGGGGAGUGAAGAAGCUCAGGGCUCCUUGGCUGCCAUCCCUGUUCCAGAGGAGCAGUACCCAUCAGAGCAUAUAGAGGAGCAGGGGGCUGUGGCUGGGGAGCAGUACCCAGAGCAGGUGGCUGUCCCUGGGGAGUACGGAGAGGAACAGGGGGUUGUUCCUGGAGAACAUGGAGAGGAGCAGGGGGCUGUGCCUGAGGAGCAUGGAGAGGAACAGGGGGUUGUUCCUGGGGAGCAGUACCCAGACAAGCCUGGAGAGGAGCAGGGGGCUGUCGAUGGCCAGGGCCCUACUGUUGUCUAUCACGAGGAGCUACCCUUUCCGGUUGAACCCCAAGACCCAUACACCCCCACAUCCAUCCCCCAAGACCUGGAGCCCACAGAGGACACCUGGCAGCCGGUGCAAGAGGUCAGCAACCCAGAAUCAUAUCAGCCUGCCCCUGAGGCAAACUUAGACUCAAACUACCGAGUCACAACCUAUGAUGAGCUAAAUGCAAACCCAACACUGUAUCCACCUUCUCCCGAGACAAAUGAUGAAUCAGGUGAUCUUACAACUGCUCAUGAAGACAACAUUAGUAGCCCCGAUCCCUACCAGCCCUCGUCAGAGUCAAACGUGGAAUCAGGAGAGCCCUCUGUAGAGGGUGUACCAGGGACUUCUCUGGAGGCCCCCGUGCCCACCACAGGGUAUGAGGAGGUGGAUGGGUCCAGUGAUCCACAGCCCAUGCCUGGCACAACCCCUGAGAGUGGUGAGCCAACAGAGUCUCAGUAUGGUAUUUCAGAGGAAAGCCAUCUGCAAACAGAGAUCACCCAGGAGACCGAACACUACACUUUUACCUCUGAGGCUGCAGGUUACAAUGUAUCCGGAGUUGAAGCCACUACUAGGUAUGACAGCUCUCCAGAGGAGCAACUGGAAAGUGGGCUGCCCACACCUGAGGAGGACGACUCCGGAGAUGAGCGUGUCAUCCAGGUGGAGCAUGUCACAGACACAGAUUUGGUCUACCCAAGCACCUCUUACGACCUCUCAGGAGGGUCCUUCAGGCCUGAGGGAGCCAUCGCUGGGGGUGUCGAGGAGACAUCUGUAUCUUCCACUUCACCACACGAGGAAACAGAGCUCUUCCUUGACCAGUCCACCACUCAGCCUCCAUACUUUGAGAAAACAACUGAAUAUCGCCUAACCAACUCUGUGGACCACAGUGCCAGUGUCCUUCUCUCUGAGGAGCAUACCACAUCACUGGACUCAUUGGUCAUCCAGACAGGGGAGAACAGUGGCUCUGCUACUGCUGAGUCAGGAGACCUGGUUACCCUAAGCCCAGUGGAGAUGGACCCCUAUGAACUGAUCCCUACCUCUGAAUAUGGUGAGUCCAUAGAGAAGCCUUUCUGUGCAUUUUUUAAACACUUUUAUUUAUGUCAUGUACUGAAGAUUUAGUGCAGUAAAUAUUCAGAUGUGUAUUUAAUGGUAUUAAAUGACAUAAAAAGCAUGAGCUGGCACACACCCAAAAAAGGUGGUAGAGGUGCUGACUAACGGAGAGUAAAUUGUAUUUAUUUAAUUAUUUAUUUUUAGCUAACCCUUAUUUUACCAGGUAAGUUGACUGAGAGCACAUUCUCAUUUACAGCAACGACCUGGAGAAUAGUUACAGGGGAGAGGAGGGGGAUGAAUGAGCCAAUUGGAAGCUGGGGAUGAUUAGGUGCCCAUGAUGGUAUGAGGGCCAGAUUGGGAAUUUAGCCACCGGGGUUAACACCCAUACUCUUAAGAUAAGUGUCAUGGGAGCUUUAGUGACCACAGAGAGUCAAGACACCCGUUUAACGUCCCUACACAGGGCAAUGUCCGCAAUCACUGCCCUGGGGCAUUGGGAUAUUUUUUUAGACCAGAGGAAAGAGUGCCUCCUACUGGCCCUCCAACACCACUUCCAGCAGCAUCGGGUCUCCCAUCCAGGGACGGACCAGGACCAACCCUGCUUAGCUUCAGAGCCAAGCCAGCAGUGGGAUGCAGGGUGGUAUGCUAUAAAAGGCUAUACAAUUGUAGGCUAUAAAAACAUUUUUCAAAGAGAGAGUCGGACACUCUACAUACAAGCUGGAUAAACCACCAACACAUCAGCAUCACUGUGCCUUCUUCAGGGUAAUGUCAUGAACGCUUGAACAUGAUGUCUACAUAACCUGGUUCAAGCAAUUCAUGACAUCACCUUGAAGAAGGCACAGUGAUAACGAAACGUUGGUGGUUUACCCAGCUUGUACAAUGUAUAGAGUGUGCGACUCUCUUUAUUAAAUUACAUAAAAACAUCUGUGCAUAUGUAAUGUGUGAUUUUUUUUUUAAUGAACUGAACACUCAAGUGUGGGCAGGGUUACACUAACUGUAGGCUUGAAUAAUGUUUGUUUUCUGUUUCCUGGCAGCUUAUGACCCCACUCAGGAGCAGUCUGGUGUCACGUCACCCGACUCCUCUACCCCAGAUGACCAUGUGGAGCAGGAUGCAGGAGGCACCUCAGUGGACUCAUUACCAAAGGUUUCCAUGGGCUCCACUGACCAGGAUGAGCACACUGACCUGGGUUCAGUUCCAACUGACAAAGUCCUCACAGUUACUUAUGACACUGGCUCCAGUGAAGCCUCUGGGGUCCACAAGGGAAUGCUUGAUGUUACCCUCUUGACAUCCCCCAUACCUAUAACCUAUUCCCCCCCGACCCAGCGAUCUGUGGAAGCAGAGGCCAGCUCCCCAGGUGACUUCAUAACCUUCAUCCCCGAAUCCAGCGUUCCAUCUGGGUUUGAUCCCCUGGAGGAAGGGCUGGAGAAGGUGGAGCAAGAGGGGUUGGGUGAAAUCCCAGAAGUAGUCGAGACUACUACCCCAGAGACAGCUUCUGGUGAGGAGGGGAGUGGAGAUGAGGAGAAUGGUCAGGAGAUGAGUGGAGAAGAGGAGAGUGGUCAGGAGGCGAGUGGAGACAAGGAGAGUGGUCAGGAGGCGAGUGGAGACAAGGAGAGUGGUCAGGAGGUGGGUGGAGACAAGGAGAGUGGUCAGGAGGGAAGUGGAGAAAGGAGAGUGGUCAGGAGGUGAGUGGAGACAAUGAGAGUGGUCAGGAGGUGAAUGGAGAAAAGGAGUGUGGUCAGGAGGCGGGUGGAGACAAGGAGAGUGGUAAGGAGGCGAGUGGAGACAAGGAAGUGGUCGGAGCGGUGGAGAUAAGGAGAGUGGUCAGGAGGCAGUGGAGACAAGGAGAGUGGUCAGGAAGUGGAGAUAAGGAGAGUGGUCAGGAGGCGAGUGGAGACAAGGAGACUGGUCAGGAGGCAGAGUGGAGACAAGGAGACUGGUCAGGAGGCGAGUGGAGACAAGGAGAGUGGAAACGAGGACAGUGACCAGGAGGUGAGUGGCCAAGAGGGAGUGGAGUCAGGCUCAGGAUCAGGAUCAGGCGAGGAGCACUCUGAAUCCGCCGAAGGAACAGGAGAGUCUUCAGGAGAAAGCUCAGGGAUCCUUGAACCAGAAGUCCCAAACAUGAAUGAAACUGUCACACCCAUCAAUGGCACAACUGUCAAUGGCACAGACGAAAGCGAGCCUGAGUCGAGCACAGAUGCGCCCUCUACUGAUAUGGAGAUCACGCUGCUCCCUGACUUGUCCCAGACCCCCCUGCCCUCCCCCACCGUACCCCAGGAGUCCCGGGCCGAUGCAGAUCUGGAGUACAGUGGGGAGACCUCAGUCACUGAGGACCCUUACUCCAUCACUCCACCCACUGAGGAGCCUGAGGAGACCCCCAGCCCGACGCUCACCACAGAGGACUACGAUGACCAGACCACGACGACAGCACCCCUAUAUCAAGAGGACGUUGAUGAGGAGAAACUGAUUACCACUCCUACCACUCCAAGAGAAAGAUUUGGGAACAUUUCAGGUAACGUUCAAUGCAACUCAACCAUGACAAUUAUUUGAAUGUAUGUGUUAAUGCAAAACAUAAUUGCAUACGUUUCUACCAUAUACCUCACCUUAAAUUACCCACUUGACUCUUGUAUUUCUUUUAUGGUCUCAUGCCUCCCCAUUCUGCUUAGUCAUCAGAAAAAAAUAGUAUUCACAUGGCAGUCAGAGUAAACAACUGACUCAGCAAAAUAAGGGGAUUAUCAUUGUUUCUGUUGGAGGUAAACACACAGCAGGAGGAGCUGUCUCUGUUCAUAGCAGCAAAGGAUUGGGAACAUAAUAUACAGUGAGUUCCAAAAGUAUUCGGACAUUGACAAUUUUUGUUUUUGUUUUGGCUCUGUACUCCAGCACUUUGGAUUUUAAAUGAUACCAUGACAAUGCAAUUCUAAACACUUCUACAUGAAAGUGGAUGCUACCUUGAUUACGGAUAACCAUGAAUGAAUCGAGAAUAAUGAUGACUGAGAAAGUUACAGAGGCAUAGAUAACAUACCCCCCCCCCAAAAAAGAGAGGUUACCAUGUCUUGGGGGUAUAACCUUUGCUUCUCUAUAACUUUCUCAAUCAUCAUUAUUCCCAAUAAACUCGGGAUUAUCCAUAAUCAUGGUAGCAUCGACAUUAAUGUAGAAGUGUUCUGAAACAUAUUAUAUUCUUAUUUACAAUAAAAGUGACUCCAAAAUGACACAAUACAUUAUUUACCAUUCAUUUGUAUUGGGCACAAAAUAAUUUGAAACACAACCAAAACAAACUGUAUUUAGUCAUUGCAUGCUAGGAAUAUGGGACCAAAUACUAAACUUUCAACUACUUUAAUAAGUGAAUUUGUCCAAAUACUUUUGGUUCCCUAAAAUGGGGGGACUAUCUACAAAAAGUGCAGUAAAUUCACCCAAUAUGGAUGAAAAUACCCCUACAUUAAAGCUGACAGUCUGCACUUUAACCUCAUAGUCAUUGUAUCAUUUCAAAGUGCUGGAGUACAGAGCCAAAACAGAAAUAAAUAAAGCAUGAUUAUAAAAAAAAAAUGAUAUUUCCACAAUAUGAGGUCGAAAUAACACUGUGAAAUUGUAAAAAUGAUGAUAAUUCCCUUUUAGUGGAAUAGCUUUUUGAAUAAGAAAAAAAGAAUACCUGGAAUUUCAGCCUGUUCAGGUGGGAGGGAGUUUUUGGCCCACAGCAUGGCAUCACAAUCUGAUCUGAUUAUUCUGACCAAUGACCAGCCAUCUUUUAUUUGCAUAUGUAUCUAGAGUCUAGACAAUUCUAUCCGCGAAGCAGGACUGUAUAUGUAAAUAUAUUUCGAUUUCUAUCAACACGCCCACACGAUCAUAUUGAUAAUUUCAAUGGCAAAAGGAGACUAUGGGAGAUAUUUUCAUGAAAUAAACACACACAGUGAUUUAUUAGACAUACAGUGAUAAUUUAAAAAUAACAUGUAAAAGACUGCAUGGGGGCAUUAACAAAAUGGCAUGGUUAAAAAAGAGCAUGGAAGCAUAUCUGCUCCACCUCAUAUAUGCCAUCUGAAAACAUUUGAAAAGGUCAUCUACAGUACCAGUCAAAAGUUUGGACACACCUACUCAUUCAAGGGUUUUUCUUAAUUUUUACUAUUUUCUACAUUGUAGAAUAACAGUGAAGACAUCAACACUAUGAAAUAACACAUAUGGAAUCAUGUAGUAACCAAAAAAGUGUUAAACAAAUCAAAAUAUAUUUUAUAUUUGAGAUUCUUCAAAUGGCCACCCUUUGCCUUGAUGACAGCUUUGCACACUCUUGGCAUUCUCUCAACCAGCUUCACCUGGAAUGCUUUUCCAACAGUCUUGAAGGAGUUCCCACAUAUGCUGAGCACUUGUUGGCUGCUUUUCCUUCACUCUGCGGUCUGACUCAUCCCAAACCAUCUCAAUUUGGUUGAGGUUGGGGGAUUGUGGAGGCCAGGUCAUCUAAUGCAGCACUCCAUCACUCUCCUUCUUGGUAAAAUAGCCCUUACACAGCCUGGAGGUGUGUUGGGUCAUUGUCCUGUUGAAAAACAAAUUAUAGUCCCACUAAGCACAAACCAGAAGGAAUGAAAUAUCGCUGCAGAAUGCUGUGGUAGCCAUGCUCGUUAAGUGUGCCUUGAAUUCUAAAUAAAUCACAGACAGUCACCAGCAAAGCACCCCAACACCAUAACACCUCCUCCUCCAUACUUUACGGUGGGAAAUACACAUGUGGAGAUCAUCCAUUCACCCACACCGCGUCUCACAAAGACACGCCAGUUGGAACCAAAAAUCUCCAAUUUGGACUCCAGACCAAAGGACAAGUUUCCACCGGUCUAAUGUCCAUUGCUUGUGUUUCUUGGCCCAAGCAAGUCUCUUCUUAUUAUUGGUGUCCUUUAGUAGUGGAUUCUUUGCAGCAAUUCGACCAUGAAGGCCUGAUUCACACAGUCUCCUAAGAACAGUUGAUGUUGAGAUGUGUCUGCUACUUGAACUCUGUGAAGAAUUUAUUUGGGCUGCAAUUUCUGAGGCUGGUAACUCUAAUGAACUUAUCCUCUGCAGCAGAGGUAACUCUGGGUCUUCCAUUCCUGUGGCGGUCCUCAUGAGAGACAGUUUCAUCAUAGCGCUUGAUGGUUUUUGCGACUGCACUUGAAGAAACUUUAAUAGUUCUUGACAUUUUCCGUAUUGACUGACCUUCAUGUCUUAAAGUAACUGGGACAGGUAGGGGUUCCAUAACCGCAGGCAGAACAGUUUAAACUGGAAUAGCAGCAAGGCCAGGCGGACUGGGGACAGCAAGGAGUCACCACGGCCGGUAGUCCCGACGUAUGGUCCUAGGGCUCAGGUCUCUCAGUUGGCUUUUCAUAGCCGAUCAUUAAGAGUUGAAAACAGCAGGUCUGGGACAGGUAGGGGUUUCGUAGCCGCAGGCAGAACAGUUGAAACUGGAAUAGCAGCAAGGCCAGGCGGACUGGGGACAGCAAGGUGUCAUCAUGCCCGGUAGUCCUGACGUAUGGUCCUAGGGCUCAGGUUCUCAGAGAGAAAGAGAGAACGAGAGAAUUAGAGAGAGCAUACUUAAAUUCACACAGGACACUGGAUAAGACAGGAGAAGUACUCCAGGUAUAACCAACUAACCCCAGCCCCCCGACACAUAAACUACUGCAGCAUAAAUACUGGAGGCUGAGACAGGAGCGGUCCGGAGACACUGUGGCCCCAUCUGUUGUUUCUCUUUGCUUAUUUGAGCUGUUCUUUCCAUAAUAUGGACUUGUCACAACACAACUGAUUGGCUCAAAUGCAUUAAGAAGGAAAUAAAUUCCACAAAUUAACUUUUAAGAAGGCACACCUGUUAAUUGAAAUGCAUUCCAGGUGACUACCUCAUGGAGCUGGUUGAGAUAAUGCCAAGAGUGUGCAAAGCUGUCAUCAAGGCAAAUGGUGGCUAUUUGAAGAAUUUGUUUAACACUUUUUUGGUUACAGCAUGAUUCCUUGUGUUAUUUCAUAGUUGUGAUGUCUUCACUAUUAUUCUACAAUAUAAAAAAUAGUAAAAAUAAAGAAAAACCCUUGAAUGAGUAGGUGUGUCCAAACUUUUGACUGGUAGUGGUCAAAGUAUAGGUAAAAUAUAUUUUCUAUAAACUGACCUCUCAGUCCACUGUAGGCCUUUUGUCAGUCAGUGAUGGUGAGUACUGCUAGUAUAAUGGCUCCCUCCAGUGGCUUUCAAAUAAAUUCCCAUGUAAAUCAACAAAGUGAUCACGUAGUAUCUGUCCUUUACAUUGACACUAAAGAGUGGAUUCAAAAAUGGAACACACACACAAAAAUAUAUUUUAGAUAUGUUGUUACUGGAUUUACUGCAUAGGCCAGCAUUGUAAAUAAGAUUUGGUUCUUUACUGACUUACCUAGUUAAAUAAAGGUUAAAUAAAUCAAAAUAAAUAAAUUUACAUUGGUGCCAAUGCUUGCCCUCUCCUACCUUUGUGUCUCAGAUGUCUGCCUAGAGAACCCUUGUUCCAACGGGGGAACAUGUGUCGACAGUGGGUCUUCAACCAAAUGCCUUUGCUUGCCCACCUAUGGAGGAGACAUGUGCCAGACAGGUACAGUAACAUAUUUCAUAUUUUGUUUUCUCAAAGAUAAUGUUAAAAUAAUGAACAUACACUACCGUUCAAAAGUUUGGGGUCACUUAGAAAUGUCAUUGUUUUCGAAAGAAAAGUAAUUUUUUUGUCCAUUAAAAUAACAUCAAAUUGAUCUGAAAUACAGUGUAGACAUUGUUAAUGUUGUAAAUGGCGAUUGUAGCUGGAAACGACUGAUUUUUAAUGGAAUAUCUACAUAGGCAUACAGAGGCCCAUUAUCAGCAACCAUCAGUCCUGUGUUCCAAUGGCACGUUGUGUUUGCUAAUCCAAGUUUAUCAUUUUAAAAGGCUAAUUGAUCAUUAGAAAAACCUUUUGCAAUUAUGUUAGCACAGCUGAAAACUGUUGUGCUGAUUAAAGAAGCAAUAAAACUGGCCUUCUUGAGACUAGUUUAGUAUCUGGAGCAUCAGCAAUUGUGGGUUCGAUUACAGAAUCAAAAUGGCCAGAAACAAAUAACUUUCUUCUGAAACUCGUCAGUCUAUUCUUGUUCUGAGAAAUGAAGGCUAUUCCAUGCGAGAAAUUGACAAGAAACUGAAGAUCUCAUACAACGCUGUGUACUAAUCCCUUCACAGAACAGGGCAAACUGGCUCUAACCAGAAUAGAAAGAGGAGUGGGAGGCCCCGGUGCACAACUGAGCAAGAGGACAAAUACAUUAGAGUAUCUAGUUUGAGAAACAUAUGACUCACAGGUCCUCAACUGGCAGCUUCAUUAAAUAGUACCCGCAAAACACCAGUCUCAACGUCAACAGUGAAGAGGCGACUCUGGGAUGCUGACCUUUUAGGCAGAGUUGCAAAGAAAAAGCCAUAUCUCAGACUGGCCAAUAAAAAUAAAAGAUUAAGAUGGGCAAAAGAACACAGACACUGGACAGAGGAAGAUUGGAAAAAAGUGUUAUGGACAGACAAAUCGAAGUUUGAGGUGUUUGGAUCACAAAGAAGAACAUUUGUGAGACGCAGACCAAAUGAAAAGAUGCUGGAGGAGUGCUUGAUGCCAUCUGUCAAGCAUGGUGGAGGCAAUGUGAUGGUCAGGGGAUGCUUUGGUGGUGGUAAAGUGAGAGAUUUGUACAGGGUAAAAGGGAUCUUGAUGAAGGAAGGCUAUCACUCCAUUUUGCAAUGCCAUGCCAUACCCUGUGGACCGCGCUUGAUUGGAGCCAAUUUCCACCUACAACAGGACAAUGACCCAAAGCACAGCUCCAAACUAUGCAAUAACUAUUUAGGGAAGAAGCAGUCAGCUGGUAUUCUGUCUAUAAUGGAGUGGCCAGCACAGUCACUGGAUCUCAACCCUAUUGAGCUGUUGUGGGAGUAGCUUGACCUUAUGGUACAUAAGAAGUGCCCAUCAAGCCAAUCCAACUUGUGGGAGGUGUUUCAGGAAGCAUGGGGUGAAAUCUCUUCAGAUUACCUCAACAAAUUGACAACUACAAUGCCAAAGGUCUGCAAGGCUGUAAUUGCUGCAAAUGGAGGAUUCUUUGACGAAAGCAAAGUUUGAAGGACAUAAUUAUUAUUUCUAUUAAAAAUCAUUAUUUCUAACCUUGUCAAUGACUACAUUUCCUAUGCAUUUUGCUAUAUUUCCUUUUCAAACUCAUUUCAUGUAUGUUUUCAUGGAAAACAAGGACAUUUCUAAGUGACCCCAAACUUUUGAACGGUAGUGUAUCUCUCCCCCUUAUGUAUAUUUUUGUUUCCUCUGUGUGCAUCUCACCUCUUCCUCUUCAUGUUGGUCAGACCUGGAGGUGUGUGAGCCAGGUUGGGAGAAGUUCAUGGGCUUCUGUUACCAACAUUUCACCAAGCGUCAGGGCUGGGAGGUGGCAGAGCAGCACUGUCGUAUGUGUGGCGGUCACCUGAUCUCGGUCAUGACCCCUGAGGAACAGGACUACAUCAAUGGUACAGCAGACCUGAAAACAUGUCCUUUGAUCUUGUAACAGACAGCUCCAAGUGCUCUGCAUAACUUGACCUGUGUAACCCUCAUCCGUGGAUUGUUAAAAAGGUGUAAUUCAAUCAUUUAAAUGGGAAACUUAGUUAACGUAACUAUUUUUCAUUCAGUGUGAAGAUAACUUACAGUCCUAAAAUGCAUAAACUGAAUGUGUAAUUUACAUUUUACAUUUUUAGUCAUUUAGCAGACACUCUUAUCCAGAGCGACUUACAGUUAGUGAGUGCAUACAUUUUUCAGACCUCUCUGUAACCCCAGUGCCAUCUGUGAAUAAUAUUUAGGAAACCAAUUAAUUUAUUUGUUUAAACAGAAUGCUUUCUGUUUAAGGUUUUAUGGUCCAGGGAAGACGCAACAUCUUCUUUCAUGUCUUACCUGCCAUUCACUCAUUUUACCAUGAAACAUGGGAGGGCUUUGAUGCCAGUGUUAGUAUUGUGUCUGGAAGUAUGGAGGAGAUGAUUAUCUAGCAUUCCUUAGUUGUUUCCCAUGGCCUGUAGUCUUACACCAGCCCCUACUUGCUGGUGAGUGAGUGUUUUCAGGGCCAAAUUUACAGUGAGCUUUCUCUUUCCCUUUAGAUAAGUACAGAGAGUACCAGUGGACGGGACUGAAUGACAGAACCAUAGAGGGAGACUUCCGCUGGUCUGACGGGAAUCCUUUGGUGAGUCUCACAUAGUCUGUGUUCCCAUCAAAUAUUUCUAGGUUCUCCAUAAACAUAAUGUUAUUUGCAUGAACUUGCCUCUGGGAUUGUAUCCCGUUGGUAUACAGAACAUCCUCACUUAUGUUUUGUAAGACCUGAUGCAAAAAUAACCUCCUCCUGGUAUGUGAUCUGCUUCUCAUACUACUUCUCAGCUACUGUAUAUGUGAACUAACAGUAUUAAAACUCCCCUACUUCUUCAUCCUCCUUCCCAUCUUUUUCUGCCAGUUGUAUGAGAACUGGUACCGGGGCCAGCCUGACAGUUACUUCCUGUCUGGAGAGGACUGUGUGGUGAUGGUAUGGCAUGACGGGGGGCACUGGAGUGAUGUGCCCUGUAACUACCAUCUCUCCUACACCUGCAAGAAGGGCACAUGUGAGUACACAACCAUAACCACCACAGUAGUGUAGCAUAGAAGCUGUCCUCAAUCUCUCAGUAUGGUUUUAAUAUAAUUGCACCCCUAACCACAUUUUUCUGUUUAGCUUUCUGUGGCCAGCCCCCCGUCAUUGCCAAUGCCAAGGUGUUUGGUAAGUCGCAAUCUGCGCUACGAGACCAACUCCAAGGUGCGCUACUACUGUGAAGAAGGAUUCCUCCAGACACAGAACCCCGUCAUUAAGUGCCUAUCCAACGGCCAAUGGGAGGAGGCUUUGAUCACCUGUCACCCUGGUGAGGACAGACAUUCAUUCUGUUGACUGACAUAAAACUAAAUAAAUGUAUGAUGUGUGUGAUGGGUCUCUAAUGUUAUCAUUGUAUGACUCUCUUUAGUUAUUUUAUGCUCUACUGUGAUAAUGACAUGAUGUACCUGCUAUGUUUUUCCAGCCCUGACCAACUUGGCAGAGGGAGAGCAGAAGGUCACGACGCCACCCUAUCAGAACGAGGGGGUGGAGGUGGUGCACACAGCCACGGAGAAAGCCACUUCAGAGUUCUGGGACAUUAAGUGGAACUACUAA